CAGCGGGAGCUCGCGGAGGGAGUGCCCGCCUCUAGGAGCCCCAGAGCCCGCCCAAAGCCAGCGCCGCACGGUCCUUUCCAAGUUUAGCCCAGCACAUGCAGGCAGCCAUGCACUCCCAGUGGACAUGUUUACUGCUGCAGCUGAGCUUGUUACUGACCGCCGAGCUGGAUGUGGAGGCAGAAUAUGAAGUGACUGAAACUGAUGCAAUCGACUACAAGGACCCGUGCAAAGCCGUUGCAUUUCUGGGGGACAUCGCACUGGAUGAGGAGGACCUGCAGAAUCUCAGACUGGAUCAGACUGGACAGUCCAGCUCCAAUGACACUAAACCAGCGAACUCCUCAUUAGCGUAUCGGAUCAGAGAGGCUGAAGUUCUGCCUAACGGCAGCACAGGGAAUGGAUCGUUCUGGGACAAAGCAGAUCUUUCCCGCAAGAGGAGAGCGGCCACUGCUCGGCCAGAGAGGGUGUGGCCUGAUGGAGUCAUCCCGUACGUCAUCAGCGGAAACUUCAGCGGCAGCCAAAGGGCGAUCUUUAAGCAGGCGAUGCGUCACUGGGAAAAAAACACCUGUGUCACUUUCACGGAGAGAGUGGCUGAGGAGAGCUACAUCGUAUUCACCUACAGGCCAUGCGGCUGUUGUUCAUAUGUGGGGCGUCGUGGCGGAGGUCCUCAGGCAAUCUCCAUUGGCAAAAACUGUGACAAAUUUGGCAUUGUGGUGCAUGAGCUGGGUCACGUGAUCGGCUUCUGGCAUGAACACACAAGACCUGACCGAGACGGACAUGUCAGCAUCAUCAGAGAGAACAUCCAACCAGGGCAGGAAUAUAACUUCCUGAAGAUGGAGCCAGGGGAGGUGAACUCUUUAGGAGAAGUGUACGACUUCGACAGCAUCAUGCAUUACGCCAGGAACACCUUCUCCAGAGGUAUAUUUCUGGAUACAAUUCUGCCUCGCUAUGAUGUGAAUGGAGUACGACCACCAAUUGGUCAGCGGACGCGUCUGAGUAAAGGGGACAUCGCUCAGGCGAGGAAGCUCUACAAGUGUCCCAGAUGUGGUGAGAGCCUGCAGGAAAGCUCUGGAAACUUCUCCUCUCCUGGAUUCCCCAAUGGCUACAGCGCCUACUCGCACUGCAUCUGGAGCAUCUCUGUCACCCCAGGAGAGAAGAUCAUCCUGAACUUCACCUCUAUGGACCUGUACCGGAGCCAUCUGUGCUGGUAUGACCAUGUGGAGGUCCGAAAUGGCUACUGGAGAAAAGCUCCUUUAAAAGGUCGUUAUUGUGGAGACCAGCUCCCAGAGCCAAUCAUCUCCACAGACAGCCGGCUGUGGGUGGAGUUCCGCAGUAGCAGCAACUGGGUGGGGAAAGGGUUCUCUGCUGUGUAUGAAGCGAUUUGUGGGGGUGUCAUGCGGAGGGACAGCGGUCAGAUUCAGUCGCCAAACUACCCCGACGACUACCGGCCCAAUAAAGUGUGUGUGUGGAAGAUGAUGGUGGCUCAGGGCUUCCAUGUGGGGCUUAACUUCCAGUCAUUUGAGAUCGAGCGACAUGAUAGCUGUGGCUAUGAUUACCUGGAGGUGCGUGAUGGAAAUUCGGAGAGCAGCCCACUAAUUGGCCGCUUCUGUGGCUACGAAAAACCUGUCGACAUCAAGAGCAGCUCCAACCAGCUGUGGAUGAAGUUCGUCUCUGAUGGCUCCAUCAACAAAGGAGGAUUUUCAGCUAACUUUUUCAAAGAGACUGAUGAAUGCUCCAGGCCUGAUAAGGGUCAGUGUGCGCAGCGCUGUAUAAACACUCUGGGCAGUUACCGCUGUGCAUGUGAGCCGGGUUUUGAGCUGGCAUCUGACCGCCGCAGCUGUGAGGCAGCUGCGUGCGGAGGUUUCAUCACCAAAUUGAAUGGCUCCUUCAGCAGCCCUGCCUGGCCCAGAGAGUACCCCCCUAACAAGAACUGCGUUUGGCAGCUGGUGGCCCCCGCGCAGUACCGCAUCACCCUGCUGUUCGACACCUUUGACAUGGAGGGCAAUGAUGUGUGUAAGUACGACUAUGUGGAGGUCCGCAGUGGUCUCUCCGCUGAAUCCAAACUCCAUGGCAAGUUCUGUGGCUCCACGAAGCUGGACCCCAUCACCUCCCACUCCAACAACAUGCGCGUGGAGUUCAAAUCCGACAACACCGUGGCCAAGAGGGGCUUCAAAGCCCACUUCUUCUCUGAUAAGGAUGAAUGCUCAAGAGAGAACGGUGGCUGUCAGCACGAGUGUGUGAACACAUUUGGGAGCUACACCUGUCAGUGCCGGAGCGGAUUCAUCCUGCAUGAUAACAAACACGACUGCAAGGAAGCGGGCUGCGACCAGGCGAUCACCAGUGUGUCCGGCACAAUCACCAGCCCCAACUGGCCAGAUAAAUACCCCAGUAAAAAAGCCUGCACCUGGGCUUUGUCCACCACACCUGGACACCGCAUCAAACUGGCCUUUAAUGAUAUCGACAUGGAGAGCCAUCUGGAGUGUUCCUAUGAUCAUUUGGAGAUCUAUGAUGGUCCUGAUGGCCGGGCGCCCAGUUUGGGGAGAUUCUGUGGGGGUAAAAAGCCACCGCCUGUCAUCUCCAGUGGGAAUAAGAUGUUCCUGCGGUUCUUUUCCGAUAAUUCAGUGCAGAAGAGGGGCUUUGAGGCCUCUCACAGUGCAGAGUGUGGAGGAAGUCUGAAGGCUGAGACGAAGACCAAAGACUUUUACUCCCACGCUCAGUUUGGAGACAAUAACUACCCUGGAGCUUUAGACUGUGAGUGGGUGAUAUCGGCAGAGAAAGGAUAUGGUGUGGAGCUCAUCUUCCAAACUUUUGAGCUGGAGGAGGAAGCGGACUGUGGAUAUGAUUACGUAGAGCUGUUUGACGGAGCAGACACUAAAGCACCGCGGCUGGGCCGUUACUGUGGCUCUGGGCCACCAGAGGAAAUCUACUCAGCCGGCGAUGCCAUCGUCAUCAAAUUCCACUCGGACGACACGAUCAGUAAGAAGGGUUUCCAUGUGCGCUACACCAGCACCAAGUUUCAGGACACACUUCACUCGAGCAAGUGAGUUCUUUUUUUGAAGUGGCGGAGGGGCCCCAGAGAAGAAGACAGCAACUCGGGACCACCGACCACCCACACCAGAGCUGUUCGCUGAGGCUUUCUCUCCAAAAACUUCCCACCCUUCAGGCUGGAUGGACUGAUGCAGACACCGUUCCAGCUCUUAAUGGAAGGAAUGAGAGGCCUUAUAGGUGUGAAAUGUGACUGAACAGCACCCCCUAGACGGUCCUUUAAAACUUCACUGAUAGCAUGCUUUAAAACAGAAGGAAACUGGCCAUCUGAGUGAGUGAUGUGCCAUGUUACUGAUGGAUGGUAGGUCAGGCUUCGCCCACAAAUGUGUUCUUUCAUAGCUACAGUGAGAUUGGACAAGCUUUACAAAACGCUGAUAAAAAUCCCAUUCAGCCUAAUGAGAAACUGGAACAGUCUGUUUAUAACACUACUUUUAGAGUCAGUUAUUCAUUCAACCUAAUGAGAAACUGUAUGUAUUGUGAUAUAACUGUAGAGUCUGUUAUCCAGUUUUUUUUGUUUUUAUAAGUUUUAUAACAUCCCAGAUUUUCCAGAUUCUUUAUUGGAAAUUAUUCAGUUUAAUGUCUCACUGCACACUGAAAUGAAAGCAUAGUACAAAUAAGCAAUUGGAGUUAAAAAAGAAAUCAUGGAAUCAAUUUAUAGACGAAAAUAUAUUGUAAACUUUUGACUCAUCAAAGUAGCCACCUUUGGCAGGUAUAACAGCUGAACACAUUCGUGGCAUUCUUUCUACAAUAGAAAUCAAAUAUUCUUCAGAAAGUUCUUCCCAAAUCUGUUGCAGAAGUUCCUAUAAAUGUGUGACACUUGUAGGUUGCUUUGCUUUCACUCUUCUGUCCAGUUCAUCCCAAACCAGCUCGAUGGGGUUUAAGUCUGGAGACUGUGCUGGCCACUCCAUGUUUUCAAGCUUACCAUCUUGUUCUUUUUUUCCUGAGGUAGUUCUGGCAUAGCUUGGACUUAUGUUUUGGGUCAUUAUCUUGUUGUAGGAUGAACCCCUGACCCAACUAGGCACAUACCAGUGGGUAAUGCAUGGCUCUUCAAAAUGCUGUGGUAGCUGUUUUGGUUCAGGGUGCCUCUCACUCUGUACAAGUCACAGACCCUGGAUCCAGCAAAACAGCCCCAGACCAUCACACUUCCUCCUCCAUGUUUGACAGUUGAUGUCACACACUGUGGAACCAUCCUUUCGCCUACUCAACGGCAUACAAAGAUCCUGUGUGAUGAACCAAAGAUUUCAAAUUUUGAUUCAUCAGUCCAUACCUUCUUCCAGUCUUCAGUAGUCCAAUAGCAUUGUUUCAUGGCCCAGGCAAGCCUCUUUGUCUUAUUCUGAUGUCUUAGCAAUGGCUUUCUUGCUGCAACUCAUCCUGUCAAACCUGCAGCUCGCAGUCUUCUCUUCACAGUUAAAACUGAGAUUUGCUUACUACCACCACUAUUAAGCUGUGCUUGAAGCUGUUGUCCUGAGAGCCGCCUAUCACGCAAGCUUGUUAACUCUCAGAAACUUGUCCUCCGGUUCAGUUGUGGCUUUGGGUCUGCCAGAUCUCUUCCUGUCAGUUUCCCCCAGUUUCUGAGUGCCUUUUGAUGGUGAAAAAACUGCUCACUGACACCUUGACUUUCUUGGAAAUUUCUCUGUACAAAAGACCUACAUUUUAAGUGUUACAAUGGUCUGUCUCUCUUCCAUUGUUAAUUGCCUUUUUCUUGCCAUUUUUGUAGCAACACUCUACUUUCUGCUGUACAAUACUGUCCAACUGAUGUAGUAUGGUACCACAGUGUGCUCCAACAAUGCUUUUAUGCAGACAGAGUGGGUUGUAAGCAAUCAAGAAAAGUUGCAACACCUGUAGGAAUUAGUAGCACCAGCUUUCAAGACUUGAUCAACCUUCAUUGCUGCAGAACAGCUUUAAAUUGUUAACCCAUUGCAGGUUCUCUGAAAGAGGCCUUUUUGUAUAAUUCUGAAAUGUACAUUAUUUUUCAGUUUUGGGUAACCUUGUCUUUUUUUUUUUUUUUAAUUAUUAUUUUUUAAUCUCUGGCAGUUCAGCACCUACCUUCGUACCAUUUCAAGCUAUUCAUGAAGUUGAACGACUUGAAUUGCAAUAAACAACUGGAAAAAAUGGGGUGUUGUAAAACUUUUGACCAGUAGUGUGUCAUAAUAUUUAUUUUGUCAGACAUAUAAUCAGUUGGAACAGAGAAAAAAGAACCAUUAGUGCUAGAUUUAAAAAAAAAUACUCUCAAAAAACUGAACUGUGAGUGAUGUUUAUUCAGUAUUUGGCACUAAAAAAGUUAAACAGUUAAACUCUCUUUAUAAUGAAACGUGCAGUUGGUCAGUGUCCACAAGUACUGGCGAUAUGCAUGAAAUGUACAGAAAAGCAGAUUGUAUUGUUUUCUGACAUAAUUAGUCAUGAUAAAGAUAUACAUUGUCAUAUUGCCCAGCCCUGGAUAUGCAACAGUUUUGUUGGAUUUCACUUUGUUGAUUCUCUUAAGUAAACAUGUUUAUCAGUGUUCUAUAGAGCUUUUCCAAUCUCACAACAAAGGGCAUAUUUGUUGGCGGAGCAUGGAGAAAUCAGUUAGCCUGCAGUUUGAUUUCUCUGCCCCGAAGAGAGUGUGUAUCAGUUUCUGUGUAUUCUUGCAUCUUGUGACUCUACGCUCUUUCAGAGUUAUUGUGCAAAAUGAAUAAAAAAGAAAGUUUGUCUCCAGCACGCACUCUUCUCACUUUUAUCAUUCCUGUCAAUUGGAAAAAAAUGGAAGAAACAGCAGUGAUUUUAAAGGACUAAUAAACAUAUUCCAA